AUGUCCUUGCAGAGUCACAUCCGCCUGUCUCUGGACAGGCCUGCCCACUCCCUCUGUGUGCAGGGCAUGGAAAUCUGCCUGGAUGUCUAUGGGUGUGCCCCGAAGAAGUGCCAGUUCUUCACCGUCACUUGCACUCCUGGCGUAACGGUCUGUCCGCACAGCCCCAUCAUGGAUAUGAGUAGCAAGGAGGAGGAGAGGACCAUAACCCACUGGCCCCUGUGUGAGUCCAUAGACGUGCUGGUGAAGAUGACCUCUCCCAGCACUGUCCUGGACGGAGACAAGGUCCUGGUCUCCUACCUUGUGCUUGAUAAUGAGGAACCAGUGGCCACUGCGGUGCUCUACCUCACAGGCAUUGUCAUCUCCCUGGACGUGGACAUCUACCGCCUUGGGCAUGUGGAGAUGACCAGUGACAAGAAGGCUAAGAAAAACUGGGUGUGGGGCCCCAAUGGCUGGGGUGCCGUCCUGCUUGUGAACUGCAACUCCCCCAACCUGGGCCACCAGUCAGGCUUCAUCACCACCACCACAGUGUUCCUUCCAGAGGAAAUGAAGAGCCUUUCCCCCAUGAUGCUGACAGUGCAGGGGCCCAGUGAUGUUCUGAAGCGCUACCAGCUGGUUCUCCACACCUCCGCAGAGGAGGCCGAGAGGACGCGUGUCUACCGCCCCCUCCAGGAUAACACGGAUGCCUAUCAGAUGCUUCUCUGGUCCAGUCAGCCCUCCUACACCUUUGCCACCCUUGAGGACAACUGGAACGAGACUUUCUAUGUUGAAGCCACCGAGUUCCCAUCUGACAGCUUCUCCGGCCUGAUCUCCUACUCCAUGUCCCUUGUAGAAAAGUCUCAAGACCCGUCUGUUCCAGAAACCGUGGUGUAUAAAGACACAGUCGUGUUCCGAGUGGCUCCCUGCAUCUUCACUCCCAGCACCCAGAUGCCGCUGGAGGUGUACCUGUGCAGACAGCUGCAGGUUCAGGGCUUUGCAGAUGCAGUGACGGAGCUGAGCGAGAGGAGUAACAUCCAGGUGGCAACUGUCUACGAGGACCUCAACCGCCAGGGCAGGUGGCUGCAGGAUGAGGUGGCCUUCUGCUACACCCAGGCUCCCCACAAGACUCUGUCCUUGGCCUUCGACACCCCUCACAUCCAAAAGCCGGAAGACUUCCCCAUGAAAUACUCUUUGAGCCCUGAGAUCGGUUACGUGAUCCACGACACUGAGGACCACACGGUGACCAGCAUGGACUCCAUUGGCAACAUGGUGGUGUCCCCACCUGUCAAGGUGGCAGGCAAGGAGUACCCGCUGGGCCGGAUCCUGCUUGGCAGCAGCUUCUACCCCAGCAAGCAGGCCCGGAACAUGAGCAGAGCCCUCCGGGACUUCCUCUACGCCCAGCAAGUGCAGGCUCCUGUGCAGCUCUUCUCGGACUGGCUGAUGGUCGGCCACCCCGACGAGUUCAUGUGCUUCGUCCCCACGGAGGUCAAGAGCAAAGGCAAGAAGGACUUCCGUCUGCUCCUGGCCAGCCCCAGCUCCUGCUACAAACUAUUUCAAGAGAAGAAGGAUGAGGGCUACGGGGAUGUGCAGCUGUUUGAGGAGGUCCAAGAGGAGCAGCUUCUUUCUAACGGGAAGGAGCCACACACCAUCACCCAGCUGCUGGCCAACGAGGAGCUGAGGAAGCAGAAUGACUAUGUGGAGAAGUGCAUCAACCUGAACCGGGCCCUGCUGAAGCAGGAGCUGGGCCUGGAGGAGCAGGACAUCAUCGACGUGCCCCAGCUCUUCUGCCUGGAGCAGCUGACCAACGUGUCCUCCAGCCAGCGGACCGAAAAGCUCUUCGCACGACCCUACUUUCCCAACCUGUUGCAGAUGGUGGUGAUGGGCAAGAAUCUUGGCAUCCCCAAGCCAUUUGGGCCCCAGAUCCGGGGCAGGUGCUGCCUGGAGGAGAGGAUCCGCGAGCUGCUGGAGCCCCUGGACCUCCAGUGCACUUUCAUUGCCGACUUCGACUGCUACCUGACGGAGGUCGGAGACUUCUGUUCCUGUGCCAACAUCCGCAGGGUGCCCUUUGCCUUCAAGUGGUGGCAGAUGGUGCCCUAA